AUAAGAGGCUGCAAACCGACAACAACACAACACACAGUUUUGAAAGGGACAUCCAAAAUCUUCAACCCCGCAGCCAGACCAGCAGCCAGGAUGAGAUUUCUAGUGCCACUAUUUGUUUUCCUCGCUGUGGCAGCGUUUCACUCCGCUCUAUCAGCCUCUCUGGAAUCUGCAGAGAAAGAGGAAGUAGUUUCUCAGCACGAUGGGCUAACUGAACUGAAGAAAAUAGAUCAGAUGGAGUUUGAGGCCGCUCAAAAGAAUGAGGCGGCUCAGAUGAAUGUUACAGAGGAACAGAAUGAGGACGCUCGCUACCUUGAGGCUGUUCAAGAUGGAUCCGUGGAGGAACAUAUUGAAGCUGUGGAUGACCGCAAAGCAGAGAGAGGUGGGAACUCUGACGCUCCAGUUCGUGAAGAAUCAGAGUCUGAGUCCUCUGAGGAAGUCGACGGGAGACAGAGGAGGGAGCACCAUGAGGCAAAGCCAGAGGCUGUGAGCAGUGUGGAUGCAGUCAGUCAGGAUUCAACCAAGGAGCAAGAUCUAGGACAAGAAUCCAGGGCACUCUGAGACGUCUGUCCCCAGGUGCUUAUUGUGCUUGAUUUAUACUGUAUCAUCUGCUUCUGGCUAUUUUUGGACCAAGGAUGCACUGUCCCUGCCCUAAAAGAUGCUGAAAGGAUUGUUUUAAAAUUGAUCCAAGGUUAUUAACACAGUGAUAACGGUCAUCUUUAUGAUUCUUUAUGGUUGGAGGAAGAAAAGCCUUCAAGCACUGGUGUAAAACAGUAAAGCAGUAAAUCCUAAUCCUUUGGGGAUAGAGUUGGCCUUGCUUUGUGCUCUAUAGCAUUAAAACCACAUGCUGGUGCAGUCAUCAAUCAGUACCUGCGCAGGGGCAGUGAGUCAUAUUACAAAAAACCUUGGAGAGCUGUUAUUCAUGCACUUGCUUUGAGAGCCCUGGAAAACUACUGAAUUGUGGUGUGUUUGCAAUGUAAAGCUAGCGUAAAGGAAUCCUCUGUGUCUGUCCCUGCGUCACAGAUGUACUGGAGUGAGCGAGCACAGAAACACGCGGAUCCUGAUUCAUCACCCGGUGCC